AUGAGCAAGAGAAUGAGAGGCUCGCAUGCUCUCUUCCUUCGAACAUUCGAUCAUAAUCUUGGUUUUGCCCCACCAAAUGAUCCGAACGCCGACAUCAAGCACGUCCUCGAUGUAGGCACCGGGACGGGAAUUUGGGCCUUGGACUACGCCGAUGAGCAUCCAGCUGCUCAGGUCAUCGGUGUCGAUCUGUCACCAAUCCAACCCAGCUUUGUACCCCCGAAUUUGCGAUUCAUUAUUGACGACAUCGAAGAGGAGUGGCAGUACUCUAACCUUUUUGAUUACAUCCAUAGCCGAAUGAUGAAUUCCAGUGUGGCAGACUGGGCAGGCUAUGCUGCUAAGAUCUAUAACAAUCUAGCGCCCGGUGGCUACGCCGAACUACACGAGAUUGAUAUCUUUGUGGCAUCCGAUGACAACACGCUAACUAAAAGUCACAAUCUCUAUCGAUGGGCCGAGCUCCUCCAAGAAGCAUCUGACAAACUUGGUCGCCCAUACUUCAACCCAAGCGGCCUGAAAGAGGUCCUUGAGAAAGCAGGCUUUGAGGAUGUCCACGAGUCCAGGUUCAAAUGGCCUUCUAAUCAGUGGGCGAAGGAUCCCAAGCAUAAAGAGCUUGGAUUGUGGAAUAACGAGAAUGCGAAUUACUUCCUUGAAGGAGUAGCCAUCGCACCGCUUACCAGAGCUCUGGGGUGGUCAAGGGAAGAAGUUGCGAUCUUCAUUGCACAGGCAAGGAAAGAGGUCAACGAUACGAGGAUUCAUGCUUAUUGGCCUAUUAUCUCAGUCUACGGACGAAAGCCCAAGACAGCUUGA